GAUUGAUUCAUUGUUACAGAUAGAAGAUGCUCUGGGAAAUACUUGGCAAUGGAUAUAUUUCAUUUCGAUGGUUAUCUUGGGUGCCUUUUUUGUGAUGAAUCUAAUUCUUGGUGUUCUAAGCGGAGAAUUUUCCAAAGAAAGAGAGAAGGCAAAAGCGAGGGGUGAUUUCCACAAAUUAAGAGAAAAGCAGCAAAUUGAAGAAGACCUUCGAGGCUACCUUGAUUGGAUCACACAAGCUGAAGAUAUCGAGCCGGAAGGAGAAGAUCAUAUGCUCAAUCAGGAUGGAAAACAAAAGAAUGGCGAAACAGAAUCAGCUGAUAGGCUGGAAGGUGAUGAAACCGAGAUGCAGGAACCGUGGUGGAGAAAAAAGAAGAAAGACUUCGAUAGAGUAAAUAGGAGAUUAAGAAGAGGAUGUAGGAAAGCUGUCAAAUCGCAAGCUUUCUAUUGGCUUAUCAUAUUAUUAGUAUUUUUAAAUACAGGCGUUUUAGCAACUGAACACUAUCAGCAGCCUGAAUGGUUGGAUCAAUUCCAAGAACAUACAAAUAUGUUCUUCGUCGCUCUAUUUACUAUGGAAAUGUUAUUAAAAAUGUAUAGCUUGGGAUUUCAGGGCUAUUUCGUCUCCCUUUUCAAUCGAUUCGACUGUUUCGUCGUUAUUGGAAGUAUUGGUGAAAUGUUUUUAACAAGAACUGAUAUUAUGCCACCUCUAGGUGUUUCUGUACUCCGAUGUGUACGACUCUUGAGAGUAUUCAAAGUUACCAAGUAUUGGCGAUCUCUGUCCAAUUUAGUAGCUUCAUUACUGAAUUCAAUUCAAUCGAUUGCUUCCUUAUUACUGUUGCUGUUUCUUUUCAUUGUUAUAUUUGCUCUGCUGGGAAUGCAAGUGUUUGGGGGAAAGUUCAAUUUUGAGCCAACGCAAAAUAAGCCACGCAGCAAUUUCGAUACUUUUUGGCAAAGUCUUCUUACAGUCUUCCAGAUUUUGACUGGCGAGGAUUGGAAUGUGGUUAUGUAUGAUGGAAUCCGAGCUUAUGGUGGAGUUGCUUCAGUCGGAAUAUUGGCAUGCAUAUAUUUCAUCAUUUUAUUUAUCUGUGGUAAUUAUAUUCUACUAAAUGUGUUUUUGGCUAUUGCUGUUGACAACUUGGCUGACGCUGAAUCAUUAACUGCCAUUGAAAAAGAGGAGGAAAAUGAGGAGACAGAAAAGCAAAAAUCACACGCCUCUUCUCCAGCUCGAAUCGAUGAUGUCGAUCAGGAUUUUAGUGGCGAAGAGCUAGCAAUGACUGACGAAGAAGAAAACGUUGAAGAGGAGGAGAUACAAGAAGAGGAGGAGGUAGAAGGGGAGGAAGAAGAAAUGUGUGAAAAAAAUGAAGAUGCUGUGAGCCAGUCAAAAGUCAAUUUAGAUGUAGAUGAAAACGAACUUUUCACAUAUGAAAGACAACAAGACAAUCAAGUAGGUCUAAAUGCAUCAGUAGUUGGAGAGGACUUCCCUGUCGUAAGAAACAGAACAUCAGCCCUACCUCGACGAAAAUCUGAAGAUAACACAGCAAAUAAAAUGAAACCACUUCCUCCAGCUUCAUCAAUGUAUAUAUUUUCCAAUAAAAACAGGAUACGUGUGUUCUGCCACUGGCUUUGCAACCACAGUCACUUUGGCAAUGUGAUAUUAGUUUGCAUUAUGGUGUCAUCGGCACUCUUAGCCGCAGAGGAUCCCAUCAACUCAGAUUCUCCACGCAAUAAGGUUCUACAGUACUUUGACUAUUUCUUUACGUCAGUAUUCACUAUAGAAAUAUGCUUGAAGUUGAUCUCCUAUGGUUUUAUACUGCAUGAUGGAGCAUUCUGUCGUUCUGCCUUCAAUCUUCUUGAUCUACUAGUAGUUUGUGUAUCAUUGAUCUCAAUUUUCUUCCAGUCAGGAGCUAUAAAUGUUGUCAAAAUUCUUCGGGUUUGUAGGGUACUCAGACCCCUUAGAGCCAUCAAUAGAGCCAAAGGACUGAAGCGUGUAGUGCAGUGUGUGAUAGUGGCAGUUAAAACUAUCGGCAACAUUGUCCUGGUUACGUGUCUUCUAGAGUUCAUGUUUGCCGUAGUUGGAGUACAAUUGUUCAAGUACGUAGUGAAAUGCGUGAUAGUUGCGAUAAAGACCAUCGGGAAUAUCAUGCUGGUAACAUACCUACUCCAAUUCAUGUUUGCUGUCAUAGGAGUUCAACUUUUUAAGGGGAAGUUUUAUGGAUGCAAUGAUAAAGCAAAGAUCACAGAGGAUGAAUGUCAAGGUACAUUUAUUGUGUUUGAAGAUGGUGAUGUGAAUAAAGCAAGUGUCGAGGAAAGAAAAUGGGAUAGGAAUAAAUUUCAUUUUGAUGAUGUUGCGGAAGCAAUGCUCACACUUUUCACUGUUUCCACUUUUGAAGGAUGGCCUGGAUUACUUUACACAUCUAUUGAUUCAAAUGGGGAAAACAUUGGACCUAUCCAUAACUUCAGACCUAUAGUGGCUGCCUUCUACAUAAUAUACAUCAUUAUUAUAGCAUUCUUCAUGGUCAAUAUAUUUGUAGGUUUCGUCAUUGUUACAUUUCAGAAUGAGGGAGAGCAAGAGUAUAAAAAUUGUGAGCUUGAUAAAAAUCAGCGGAACUGCAUAGAAUUUGCUCUGAAAGCAAAGCCAGUGAGAAGGUACAUUCCGAAACAUAGAUUUCAGUACAAAGUAUGGUGGUUUGUCACAUCUCAACCAUUCGAAUACACUAUUUUCAUUCUUAUCAUGGUGAACACAAUUACGUUGGCAAUGAAGUUUCACAAGCAGCCCCCAGGCUAUACAAAAGUGUUGGAUGUGCUCAACGUAUUCUUCAGUAUUGUUUUUGCCUUCGAGUUUGUGUUUAAACUUGCAGCAUUCCGAUUUAAGAACUAUUUCGGAGAUGCUUGGAACGUUUUCGAUUUUGUGAUAGUUUUGGGAAGUUUCAUUGACAUCGUGUAUGGGGAUUUGAAUCCUGGAUCGAAUUUGAUUUCCAUCAAUUUCUUCCGUCUAUUCCGUGUCAUGAGACUUGUGAAACUUCUCAGUCGUGGAGAAGGUAUCAGAACGCUGCUCUGGACAUUCAUCAAAUCAUUCCAAGCGUUGCCCUACGUUGCUUUGCUGAUUGUCAUGCUUUUCUUCAUCUACGCUGUUGUUGGAAUGCAGGUGUUUGGCAAAAUUGCAUUGAAUGAUGAGACUGCUAUCCACAGGAACAACAACUUCCAAUCAUUUGCUCAAGCAGUUCUAGUUCUUUUUCGAUCUGCUACUGGCGAAGCGUGGCAAGACAUAAUGCUUGAUUGCUCUGCUAGACCAGAAGUGAAGUGUGACAUGAGGUCUGAUGAGGCUGGAAACGUGAUGGGAUGCGGAUCAAACAUUGCAUUCCCUUACUUCAUUUCCUUCUACGUUCUUUGCUCAUUUUUGAUAAUAAAUCUAUUCGUAGCUGUUAUAAUGGAUAACUUUGAUUAUCUGACUAGAGACUGGUCUAUUCUGGGCCCACAUCAUUUGGAUGAGUUCAUAAGACUUUGGAGCGAAUAUGACCCGGAUGCAAAAGGAAGAAUCAAGCAUUUGGAUGUAGUCACAUUGCUAAGGAAGAUAUCUCCUCCUUUGGGCUUUGGAAAACUUUGUCCUCACCGUGUUGCUUGUAAAAGACUUGUAUCAAUGAAUAUGCCAUUGAAUAGCGAUGGGACUGUUCUGUUCAAUGCAACUCUUUUCGCUGUUGUACGCACUUCACUCAGAAUAAAAACCGAAGGAAAUAUCGAUGAUGCCAACGCUGAACUAAGAGCAGUGAUAAAAAAGAUUUGGAAGAGAACCAGUCCAAAACUCCUGGAUCAAGUUGUUCCCCCACCUGGAAUUGAUGAUGAAGUGACAGUUGGGAAAUUCUACGCCACUUUCCUAAUUCAAGAUUACUUCCGUCGAUUUAAAAAGCGAAAAGAACAGGAGAUGAAGGACGGUGAUAAAGAAUCGGCGAACACUGUCACACUGCAGGCCGGGCUUCGAACCCUGCACGAUGCAGGUCCAGAGCUGAAGAGAGCCAUCUCCGGAAACUUAGAAGAACUGCUUGAUGACAACCCGGAACCCAUGCACAGACGGAACCACUCUCUAUUUGGCAGUGUGUGGAGUUCAAUGAAACGGGGGAGGGGUCAUCGACAGGGGGGUGGAGGUGCAGUUGCAUUUCACAGAGCUCGUUCACUAAAGGUCAACCCAACACAAAUCCAAGUAAGUGCAAAAAUGAAUCAUUUGGAUGUUCCUGGACGAAACCUUAGAAAGGUGUCUCCGACCAAUUCAAUCGAUUUUUUACCUUACAACAGCAUAAGCCUACAAAGACCCCGAAAUGAGGAAAUGAAUCACAUCACAGCGCUUAUGAGAAGUGCUCUGUCACCUCCCAUUCAAAGUGCCAUUUCAAUGCAAGAGGUUACGGUAAAACCAAUGGAAGAAGAGUUAAUGAUACCGAUGCAAACUCUUUAUACUUAUAAUGGCGAUUCAGAAAGACAGUUGAAGCCCUAUCCUCGAGUAAUAGAUCAAUGCUUUGAUGUGAACGCAUGGUCAUGUGCUAACCUAACCUAUUUGAAUGGCAGCAUCAAAGAUGAACUGCAACAUCAACAGUCAAAUGAAAUGAAGAAAUGCAGCGCUAGUACAAGUGUGAGCAGUCCUCGACGCACAAAACUCGGCUGUUUAGCGGCUGCAACCACAGCUGCCAACCAAUCCUCUCCGUCACAAUCACAAUCCCAUUACUUCUCAACGGUUGCUAGUGGCUUGAGAGUAGUUCAGGCACAAGCAAUGGCCGUAGCUGUGGCCACAUCAAUUGUGCCAAAUGACAGGCAACUGCGACUGUCCAACUCCAGGCAUUCGCCUUUCCUCCACAGAGCUUCUUUCCAUGGCAGAGGAGGCUCCCACAUAGAAGAGUCAAAUGGAAGCUUGACAGCUGAACGACUAAGUCAUUCCCUUCCUGGCAGUCCUGCUGACAGGAGACCUAAUUUCCCUGAAGUCAUAGGAUCAGCGGAGAGUCUAGUAGGACGAGUGUUAGUCGAACAAGGCCUGGGAAAGUUUUGUGAUGCUGACUUUGUGCGAAACACAUCACGGGAGAUGCAGGAAGCCAUGGACAUGACCCAGGAAGAGAUGGAUAGAGCUGCCCACAGGCUGCUAGUUCAAGAACGUAAAGGUAGACCUCUCUCGUUCCAAGGUUCUCUGGAGAAAACUCACUUAUAGCACAGCACACUGCCACUUGGUGAAAUAUUGCCUCUACAUUCAAAGUGCCUCGAUCAAAUCUGGUCCAAAUCCAAAUCAGCAGCUCGAGUUUUUUACUGCUUCCCUUUCCAUUUACCUCUCCAACUGCUGUCAUAGGCUAGCGUAUAUGUUCGAAGGAUUGUUAUUGUUUGUGAUUAUAAGAACCAACUAUUACUUCUUGUUUUAAUCGGGUACUUCUUCAAGUAUCAAAAUGUGGGAUCAUUAUAAAUAUUAUAUUGCUGUUGACUAUAUUAUUGUUGUUCUUAAUGUAUUGUUGAAAAUGAAUAAUAAUAUUAUAAUAAUACUAAUAAAUAUAGCCUUCAUUUAUAAUUCGAAUAUCAAGGAAUUAAGUAUAUAUCUCAAUGAUCUUCUCAAUGUGUCACAUGUGAUUAACAACUUUGACAACUAUUUCAUAUUGUAGUUUUUGUCUUUCAUAGAUAUAUAAGAGUAUUAUAAAACUCUGUUCACGUUCACAGCCUAAAAUAUCUGAAUUCCGAUAUUAAGUGAGAUUUGAAAGAAAUAUUUGGCUGGAGCGUCAGGCUGAAAUGAAACAAUUAACAUACUUGAUUAUUCUCCCAUCAUGUUUCAUGAAGUAAUAUUUAUUUCAGGCCUAUUAAAAUUUAUAGUUCUGAGAGCGCAAAAAAAUUAUUCAUCAAACUUCAGGCCUAAUCAGUCAGACAAAAAACUGAUGAAAUCUAUCUCGAACAAAAUUAAAAAUCACUAAAAUACAAAAUGAAAUACAUUUGAAAAAAAUGAUAAUAAAACCUUCAACUUCUAACCAAAUGAUUAAAUGAUAAUUAACAAAUACAAAAUACAAUCAAUUCUAAAAAAAAAAACUAAUAAAAUCAGUUUCCAACAAAAAUAGAAAUCACUAAAAUACAUAAUAAAAUCAUUUCUCAGAUCUUUUUAACCUGAUGAAAUCAACUUUCAACAAUAUUCAACAAAAAUAAAAAUUAUUAAAAUAAAAUACAAUCAAUUCUCAAAAAGCUUAUAACAUCAAUUUCGAACCAAAAUCCAACGGAAAUAUUCCGUCAAACUUGAAUACUUAAUGAAAUCAUUUCUCAUAGAUAGACCUGGAAAUAUCAACUUCCUAUAAAAAUAAAAUCGAUUUUCAAAAACUAAUAGAAUAGAUUUCCAACCAUACUUCAACAAAAACAGAAAUCACUAUAAUACAAAAAGUAAUCAAAUCCCAACAAAAAUUAACACUAGUAGAAAGAAAAAUCAAAUCCAAAAAAAUGCUGUUAAAAGGUAACAAAUUCAAAAUUCACUUCAACUACAUUGAAGAGGGAUAGCCAAAAGGCAACUUGUAUAGAACAUUGAUAAAUUUCGGUCUUCACGAUAAUAACAUUAAACACAUCCCACAGCAAAUAAUAACUUCACAAGUUUUUCGAAUUGAUAUAAUUGUAUAAAGUAAGAAAAAAUAUUUCCAAAAUAAAUGACACCACAAAAAGUGAGUUUUAAAGUAAAAAUCAUAAUAAAGAAGGUCAUCUAUUUCUAUUUUGAAAGAUAUAAACUUGUAUAACAAAUUGAAUAGAGAUAUAGGCUAUUAACUUUAGUAUAAGUUAUUGAAAAUACCUAGACCUGGAGAACUUAUUCAUUAUUCUCUAAUUUUUUUCGCUUUCCAUCAUAUUGAACAAAAUAAGGAUGAUCUUUGAAUUGAUUGAAAGAAAAUUAUGUUCUUAUUCCUUUAUCACAAUCUAAUAAUAUGAAAAUGGAAUAAGACAUCUCUAACUUGUUUUGGGGUUUUACAGCUCUCAUCUGGGAGCUCAUGUUCACCCCUCUUCAUAGUGAUAUAGGUGGUGAUUUGAUAUGAAAUUGAAAAAAAAUAAACGAGAUCGAACAUUAUAUAAAACAACGUUUAUUUCCAGGCUUAC